AUGGCCUCCCACCGCAUCGGCGCGCGCGUCGCGGGCCUGUCGCCAGCGCAGCUGUGCGCCAUCAUCGAGGCGCAGGCGGGCGCGAGCGACGCCGCGCUGCGCGUGGCAGAGGAGCACGCCGCGCGGCUCGUGGAGCAGCCCGAGUGGGUGCUCUCCGAGGUCCUCCUCUCGCCGGACCUCGCCCCGCACAUCCUCGCCCAGCUGCCGACCAAGGAGCACGCCGCCAAGGGGACGCAGCGGCACCCCGAGCCGGUAGCCGCCCACAGCAGACGCGAUGAAGAGCUUAAGCGUGGUGACGUCGCCGCGCGCCGCGUCCAUGCAGGCACGGACAAAUGUGGCCUCGACGAGCUCGGCGACCUUUGA